UGGAGAUUCAACUUCCAGGCCAGUGCAAUCGAUCCAGUGAAAAAAGGAUUGACAGUCUGCAGGGCGACGGAAGUUGCCUGCAUCCUCAUCAGUAAACUUAUGGGCCUGUUUUGUGCUGACACUCACUAGAGAGGAGGCUUUGGGAAUACUGGCCUCCAUGUUAACACAGACCUGUCCCAGCUGCCAUGUCCUCCACCUUUGUGUCAACGUCCACUUGUUGUGGUGGUGAUGCUGCAGCUGCCAUGGCAACCCAAGCGUCCGAGCAGGCUCUGCUGGCCUCAGACCGCUACGCCAGACUCAUCCUGGCCCAGAUGAACAAGAUGCGGCUCCGCACCGACUUCUGUGACGUGGGGCUGAAGGUUGGCGGCCGGGUCUUCAGGGUCCACCGACUGGUGCUUGCUGCUAGCAGCCCGUACUUCUCCGCUCUGUUCUCCGGUGGUAUGAGGGAGGCGGAUAAAGAGGAAGUGCAGAUCCUUGGAGUGGAAACUGAAGUCUUUGAGGUUUUGCUGGACUUCAUAUACACAGGCGUGAUCAGUGUGACAGUGGAGAAUGUCCAGGAGCUGAUGGUGGCAGCAGACAUGCUGCAGCUGAACGAGGUGGUGUCUAUUUGUGGAGAGUUUCUCAAGGGCCAAAUGGACCCGUCCAACUGUGUGGGCAUCUUUCAGUUCCUGGAGCAGAUUGCCUGCAUAGACAUGCUGGAGUUCACUGAGAACUACAUCCAUGUUCACUUUCUGGAGGUGUGUGUCAGUGAUGAGUUCAGGGGCCUGUCGAAGGAUCAGCUGGUGAGGCUGCUAAGAAGUGAAGAGCUGAGAAUUGAGGAUGAGUACCAGGUAUUCACUGCAGCCAUGGACUGGGUUCUCCAAGAUGUGGCAAAGAGGAAAAAACAUGUAGUGGAGGUGUUGGAACCAGUCCGCUUCCCUCUGCUUUCCCCACAGAGACUGUUCAAGUACAUAGAGGGCAUUACAGACUUCAGCCUGCGGGUGGCACUGCAGACUCUGCUGAAGGAAUACACUGAAGUCACAAAGUCUCCCAAAGAAAAUAAGAUAUACAGUCAGCUUCAACCAGCCAAGAUGAGACCCAGAAGAAAAGCCAGGAAAUACCUCUAUGCCAUAGGAGGCUACACUCGGCUGCAAGGCGGCCGCUGGAGUGACAGCCGGGCGCUGAGCUGCGUGGAACGCUUUGACACCUUUAACCAGUACUGGACCACAGUGUCGUCCCUGCACCAGGCCCGCAGCGGGUUGGGGGUGGCAGUACUGGAGGGCAUGAUCUACGUGGUGGGAGGGGAGAAAGACUCAAUGAUUUUUGACUGCACAGAGAGAUACGACCCGGUGACCAAGCAGUGGGCCGCUGUGGCGUCUCUGAACUUUCCUCGCUGUGGAGUUGGCGUCUGCCCCUGCCACGGAGCUCUGUAUGCACUUGGUGGUUGGAUUGGCUCUGAGAUUGGGAAGACCAUGGAACGAUAUGACCCAGAGGAGAACAAGUGGGAGGUCAUCGGCAGCAUGGCGGUUCCUCGUUACUACUUUGGCUGCUGUGAGCUACAAGGGUUUAUUUACGUGAUUGGAGGCAUCAGUGACGAAGGAAUGGAGCUGCGCUCAGCCGAGGUGUUUGACCCUAUCUCCCACAGAUGGAGCGCCCUGCCCGUCAUGGUCAUGCGUCGAGCCUAUGUGGGCGUCGCCUGCCUCAAUAACUGCAUUUACGCGGUGGGCGGCUGGAAUGAGGCACUGGGUGCACUGGAGACCGUGGAGAAGUACUGUCCAGAAGAGGAGAAAUGGGUUGAGGUGGCCCCAAUGUCUACAGCUCGUGCAGGCGUGUCAGUGUCAGCAGUUAAUGGGCUGCUGUACGCCGUCGGGGGGAGGGCCGCCAGCAGAGACUUCUCUGCCCCAGUGACGGUGGACUCUGUGGAAAUCUAUGACCCCCACCUGGAUACCUGGACUGAAGUUGGCAACAUGAUCACCAGCCGCUGUGACGGCGGACUGGCUGUGCUCUGAUAGCCAGGAAUAUUCAAAUUGCGAACGUCCAUGUUAACACCUGAUUCAUCCCAAAACUGCAUAAACUGAAGAAAAGCUGCACCUUAAGAAACAUAAAGUGUGUUUCUGUCUCAAGUAGGCUUUCACAUGAUCAUAUAUGUUAUUUAUACAUGGAUUAGACAUGUUUUUCUUUUUUUAUUUGUUGAGAACAUUUGACAGCAGAUCUAAAACUGGAAAACCACCAAAACUGCUUCCGCUUACACAACUCAUCCAUAUCUCUAUUUUCAAUUCACCAAAUAAUUUUACAAGACUAUCUGAGUGGCAACACACUUGUUUUCCUCUUUUGUGUGUUUGAAGGCAAAGCGAUCCUUGUGAUAAGGAUACUUUUUCACAGCGGAGGAGUUCUAUUUUGGAUGGACCAGAGAGUUUUUCUUCUAAAGUCAAAGAGUCUUUUGGGGACUGUGAGCACCGUUCUUGGGUACGAUGUGAAAGCAUUUUUUUGUUUGUUUGUUUCCUCUUUAUUUUUCCUCAAGGAAAUGUUUGAGGUGAGUGCAUUGCUACUCGUAAGAUUUAUCAAACCACUUGAACCUAUUUAAUAAUGGAACCGAAGUUCCAUGGUAAGUAAUUAUAAACUUGAACAGCACACCACUGUUGUCACAUCAGUGCAGUUAUCACUCAAUCAUUUUCACUGGAUUGUUUUUGUAUAUAUAUCAUACUGUAAAUAAUAGUGCCUCUUAGUCUCUAUUUACACUAAAAUCCAAGCAAGUGAAGUGUUUCAUCAUUUCACUCAUCAGUGGCACCUGAUGUUACUAGAAUUUACAUUUCAACUUUCUGAUGUUGCGAUACACAACAUAAUUAUUAUAAGACGAUGCACAUGUUUAAAAUGUGUUUACCUACUUGACAUUAAGUUACCUUAUGUUUCCUCUUUGGAUGUUGGACAUUUGUGAGCUGAGUGGAGCCGUUACACUGUAACAGUAUUUCCUAUUUAAAAACAACAGGAUAUUAAUGUUACACAACAGUAAUAACAUCUUUCAUUGGUUGCUUUUCAGACUUAAUACGCUUUAUAAGAGUUAUGUGCGUGCUGGGUUUAAAAUGAGCCUACAUUUCCCUCUUUCUUUCUUUAAGAUAGUUAAACUGUAACUAAAAAAGAGGGUGCUUUGUUUUUACAAUGCCUUCCUGAUGUACUAAGUGAUGGUUAGGUCUGGAAUGUCAUAUUAGACUAUUAUUAUUGCAGUCUGUACUGUGUGUACUGUUCGGAAGAUUACAGUAUGAAGGACACCACUGUAAACAUCACACAGAGUUUGUACAUAAAGAGCAUGACAAACACAUCCUGAGUUGACUAUAUGUCUGUAAGAGGGAGGAUUUUCUGCACUGUGCAAACAAGCUAACAACAGUAGCAACAUUUGCUCUGUAAGAUUACAUUUGACAUCUCACUGGAUUAGUGGCUCCUCAUUAAAUGAAAAAGUGUACUCCUCAA